UCAAUACCCAUUUAGUAAGAUGGACACCUGAAGCAGAAGCGGCUUUCCAGGCCCUAAAGAAGGCCCUAACCCAAGCCCCAGUGUUAAGCUUGCUGAUGGGGCAAGACUUUUCUUUAUAUGUCAUAAAAAAACCAGGAAUAGCUCUAGGAGUCCUUACACAGGUCCGAGGGACGAGCUUGCAACCCGUGGCAUACCUGAAUAAGGAAAUUGAUGUAGUGGCAAAGGGUUGGCCUCAUUGUUUAUGGGUAGUGGCAGCAGUAGCAGUCUUAGUAUCUGAAGCAGUUAAAAUAAUACAGGGAAGAGAUUUUACUGUGUGGUCAUCUCAUGAUGUGAACGGCAUACUCACUGCUAAAGGAGACUUGUGGCUGUCAGACAACCAUUUACUUAAAUAUCAGGCUGUAUUACUUGAAGGGCCAGUGCUGCGACUGCGCAUUUGUGCAACUCUUAACCCAGCCCCAUUUCUUCCGGACAAUGAAGAAAAGAUAGAACAUAACUGUCAACAAGUAAUUGCUCAAACCUACACCGCUGAGGGGGACCCUUUAGAGGUUCCCUUGACUGAUCCUGACCUCAACUUGUAUACUGAUGGAAGUUCCUUUGUAGAAAAAGGACUUCAAAAAGCAGGGUAUGCAGUGGUCAGUGAUAAUGGAAUACUUGAAAGUAAUCUCACUCCGGGAACUAGUGCUCAGCUGGCAGAACUAAUAGCCCUCACUCGGGCACUAGAAUUAGGAGAAGGAAAAAGGGUAAAUAUAUAUACAGAUUCUAAGUAUGCUUACCUAGUCCUCCAUGCCCAUGCAGCAAUAUGGAGAGAAGGGGAAUUCCUAAUUUCUGAGGGAACACCUAUCAAACAUCAGGAAGCCAUUAGGAGAUUAUUAUUGGCUGUACAGAAACCUAAAGAAGUGACAGUCUUACACUGCCAGGGUCAUCAGAAAGGAAAGGAAAGGGAAAUAGAAGGGAACCGCCAAGAGGAUAUUGAAGCCAAAAGAGCCGCAAGGCAGGACCCUCCGUUAGAAAUGCUUAUAAAAGGACCCCUAGUAUGGGGUAAUCCCCUCCGGGAAACCAAGCCCCAGUACUCAGAAGAAGAAAUAGAAUGGGGAACCUCACGAGGACAUAGUUUCCUCCCCUCAGGAUGGCUAGCCACUGAAGAAGGAAAAAUACUUUUGCCGGCAGCUAACCAAUGGAAAUUACUUAAAACCCUUCAGCAAACCUUUCACUUAGGCAUUGAUAGCACCCAUCAGAUAGCCAAAUCAUUAUUUACUGGACCAGGCCUUUUCAAAACUAUCAAGCAGAUAGUCAGGGCCUGUGAAGUGUGCCAAAGAAAUAAUCCCCUGCCUUAUCGCCAAGCUCCUUCAGGAGAAAAAAGAACAGGCAAUUACCCAAGAGAAGACUGGCAACUAGAUUUUAUCCACAUGCCAAAAUCGCAGGGAUUUCAGUGUCUACUAGUCUGGGUAGAUACUUUCACUGGUUGGGCAGAGGCCUUCCCCUGUAGGACAGAAAAGUUCCAAGAGGUAAUAAAGGCACUAGUUCAUGAAGUAAUUCCCAGAUUCGGACUUCCCUGA